CGUGAACCUUUUGUGCAUGACCCUCUUGUGUCUCUGCAAUCUAUCCAACUUCUCAGCUCCGACUCUGCCCCUAUAUCCAUGGUUGCUCUUCAUCCCAUCUUCUCUUGUCCUCCGCUUCUAAAGCUCGACACUUUGAUUCCAUAACAGAAAAGCUCGCGACUUUGUUUGACCAAUCCCAAGCAAAGGAGAGAAAAAAAUCACCCCCCACACCAACAAAUGGGUUGCCUCAUUGUCAUCUCACUCCACCUAAUUAUGCCACUCUUAUUAUGGAGCUUCACGCCCGACCAUGUUAAUGGCGAUUUCCCAACGACCCUCCAGGGCCCCUUCGCCCCCAUUUCUGCACCUCUUGCCAGCAAAUACUUCACCGGGAAUGCAAUUGAUUUGCCUGCCGACGACGACCAAGUGGGAAGGAACGUAGAGGGUUUCCAGCCUGAGCAAAUCUCUGUCUCCUUGUCUUCAAAUUAUGACUCCGUCUGGGUCUCUUGGAUCACAGGUGAUUCCCAAGUUGUUUACGACGAACCCGACUCAGUUGCCAGCGUGGUUCAGUAUGGAGUUUCAGGGUAUGCAAUGGACUAUGAAGCACGAGGCUAUUCCACUGUCUACACUCAGCUUUACCCUUUCGAAGGCCUCCAGAACUACACCUCUGGAAUCAUACACCACGUUCGCCUUACAGGAUUGGAACCUGCAACACUUUACCAAUACCAGUGUGGAGAUCCAUCCAUAGAAGCAAUGAGCAGUGUGUUUUACUUCAGGACAAUGCCGGUUUCCAGCCCCACAGAUUAUCCACCGAGAAUAGCGGUGGUGGGAGAUUUAGGGCUCACUCAAAAUAGCAGCACAACAGUGGACCAUAUCCUCACCAACCAUGCUGAUCUUGUGGUCUUGGUUGGGGGAUUAAGUUAUGCUGACAUGUAUCUCACCAAUGGUACUAGCUCUGAUUGCUAUGCUUUCUCCUUUUCGGAUACUCCCAUCCAUGAAACUUAUCAGCCACGAUGGGAUUGCUGGGGAAGGUUGAUGCAGACUCUAACGGCUAAUGUUCCAACAAUGGUAAUUGGAGGGAAACAUGAGAUAGAACCACAAGUUGAUGAUCAGAUAUUCGUGUCAUACAGUUCCAGAUUUGCGUUCCCGUCUGAAGAGAGUGGUUCAUCUUCCACACUCUAUUACUCUUUCAAUGCAGGAGGGAUCCAUUUUGUGAUGCUCAGUCCCUACACUGCUUUUGACAGGUCAUCUGACCAGUAUAAAUGGCUAGAAACAGACUUGUACAAUGUUGACAGAGGGCAGACCCCAUGGCUGAUAGCUGCUUGGCAUCCUUCAUGGUACAGCACUUUCAGAGAACAAUACCGAGCUGCUGAGUGCAUGAGAGUUGAGAUGGAGGACUUGCUGUACAGCUAUGGAGUUGACAUAGUCUUCAAUGGCCAUGUCCAUGCAUAUGAGAGAUCAAACCGGGUCUACAACUACACUCUGGAUCCUUGCGGUCCAGUUUAUAUCACCGUGGGAGCUGGAGGGAGUCGUGAGAUGAUGGCCAUAACACAUGCUGAUGAUCCUGGUUACUGUCCGGACCCAUCUCUUACCCCUGACACUGAUAUUGGUGGGUUCUGUGCCUUCAACUUCACUUCAGGGAGCAUUUCAGCUGGGAAGUUCUGCUGGGAUCAGCAGCCCGAGUAUAGUGCGUACAGAGAAACCAGCUUUGGACAUGGGAUUCUAGAGGUGAAAAAUGAUACAUAUGCUCUGUGGAGUUGGCACAGGAAUCUGGAGUUCGCUGAAUUUGCUGGCGACAUUGUUUACAUAGUUAGAGAACCUGAAAGGUGCCUGCGUGGAUAA